AUGAGGUCCCGGCUCUGCCCACAGACCUCUCCGUCCCGGCUCCAGAACACAAUUAUCUCCGUGGCGCACAUACGGAUCCAGCUCGAAGGACCGCUGUUUAUGGAGGUUCUGGCUCAGAGGUACAGAUGGCUCAGAGGUACAGAUGGCUCAGAGGUACAGAUGGCUCAGAGGUACAGCUGGCUCAGAGGUACAGCUGGCUCAGAGGUACAGCUGGCUCAGAGGUACAGAUGGCUCAUAGAUCUGUCUCGGUCUGAAGCCCAGGAGCAGAAACGUUCCCACGACAACAAAAAGAAAGUGGACGUCAUUGACCUGACUCUGGACAGUUCGUCUGAAGAAGAGGAGGAGCCGCCGAUGAAGAGGCCGUGUCCGUCUCUGUCGCCCGUGUCGCCGCCCGGCAACAACAACAUCAUUAACAAAGGAGUUCUGAACCUGCACCAGAGCCCCCCUGUGACCAGAGCUCCCAGCAGGCCCCCCGUGGAGACCAGCUACAUCCCGCCCCCUCCCCCACUCAUCCAGGACUAUCGCCACUAUUACCACGCUGCCAACGACCUGCCAGAAUUGAAUUUCUUCUCCUUCCUUCAAGGUGACAAUCAGCAUUACAACAUGGUGAUGGCCGCCGCAGCCUCGGCCUCGUCGUCUGAGGAGCAGGAGCUGCUGUUGAGCCGUUUCCUGCCGUACACUUCUGCUCAGAUGCUGCGGGAGGCGGGGUCCGGCAGCAGCUCUGUGGGCGUCGCCAACGGCAACAGCAGCAGCGGCUCCAGCUCGAGCUUGGUGUCGUCCAGCAGCCUCAGGGAGAGGGACAAAGAGGUGUCGGGGCUGUCGCGCUCCUCUGUGGAAGCAGCCGCUGCCGUCGCCGCCAUUUACGGAUCAAUCAUUUGGCUGGAGCACCCUCAGUGUGAGACUCUGGAGCUCAGUGCGAGACUCUGGAGCUCAGUGCGAGACUCUGGAGCUCAGUGCGAGACUCUGGAGCUCAGUGCGAGACUCUGGAGCUCAGUGCGAGACUCUGGAGCUCAGUGUGAGACUCUGGAGCUCGUGGAUCCAGAGGGAGCUGUAGCAGCUUUGUGCAUGUGCAGACUGCAUUUGUGA